CAAUGAAAAAAAAAAAACCUGUCACAAAAUGGCGGAGACGGACGUUAACAGACCCCAUUUUGAAGAUUUGACAAGCAUGCGGUGGGGAAAUAUGUGUUUGAAUUGCGUGCCACCUUCGGCGGCACGUCUUUUUUUUUUAUUUAGCAGAGCGCACCGGAGUUCACCUCGGCCGCCGCCCGUUUGGACAACCCACGCCCGUCAACCGAAUUCGGAGCUCAUGAGUUCGCCGCUAGCUAGUUAGCAUGGUAGCUUAGCGUCCCAAGCUAACUUGACGAGGAUACUACCGAGCCGCUGUGAGGACAUUGGGAUAAUCCUAUUAGCUGCUAACUAGUGUUAUCUACAAGUGUAUUAAUGUUAGUAAUGGAUGAAUAGUUAGUAACGCCUCGAAACGCCGUUUAGUAGCAAUACAAUGUUGUAGCAUCGCCUUGACGCUAUUUGUACCACAGUCUUUCCCUCUGCUAACGCAUAAAAAAAAAUCAAUAUUAUGGUUACUAUAUUCAGUUAAUUCAAAAAAUCAUAGACUAACGUUUUUAUUUAUUUGUUGAGGUAAACAUCACGUUAAUAGUCGAGCUAAUAAUGUACGCUAAUGUAAUUACAGUGCAAGAUAACAUGCUAGUUAUUCGAUAUUUUUUCACGUUCUUUCAAUAUCAACGUUGACAUUUAGUUAAGGCGACCCUGCCGGGAUUAACACAAUAAUAACAGAAUGGGAAGUUUUUGUUAGUUAUAAUCAAACAACAAACGUAUUAGCAAUACAGGCUACAGGCUAACGUUAGCUCAUUGUACUGUAACAUGCAAGCAGGUGAAUUUGUGUAAAAUCAGAUAAUAAAACACUUGAAGCGCAGAUCAGAGUUCUUACGUUUGAUUAACUUGAUAGUUAAGCAUACAUAUUUUUCGUCAUUUGGUCUUUGUUGACAUGACUGUCAGAGCGUGAUGUAGGUCAACUAGUUAACCCAAGUUCAUAACUGACAUAUGUAUAGAACUGUACACAUCAUUUGGCUGCAUUGAUCUAUCACCGUGGAAAAAACAUUAAACGAACUGUACUGUUUGUCUAUAAUUUGUCAAUUCGAUUCCUCCCUUUACAGGAAAUGAAUGUGUUUACUGUACCUACUUUUAGAUACAACAUAAUAUCUGCAAGGAAAUUGAAGUUUUGUACUGGAGCUCAUCAUGUGACUUUCCAAUAUCGGCGUGGAGAUGCAGUCCAUUUCUCACCACCAGGUGUCGCCUCAGUACAAGGUUUGGAGCCAGCUGUAUUCAGAGGUGAACCAGACCCCGCCCCCUCCAGAGGCAGGCGCGCUCUGAUUGGCUGGUUCGAACAGCAGCAGCGCAACAGGGCAAGUUGACGUACAAAAAUGACUCCCUUGCCGACGUCCACGUUUCCCACAAGGAAAAGCCGAUUUGGUGCAAACUGAAAGACUCUCAUCACCACUGCGCUGCUGAAUGAAGAAGUGAAUCAUCUGUGAUCGCAGUCAUGGCUGUCCAGACUGGCAUCCAGAUAUGGUUUGGCGAGAAGUUCGACGCCCCCGUCCUGAACCCGCGGUGUCCCCGCAGCCCGUUGGCGCAGCGGCACGGCCGCGGGCCCGGCCUCACCGACGUCUUCCAGUACGACCAGUGGCUGGCCGUUCGGCACGAAGCCACCCUGGUACCCAUGCAGGAGGAUCUCGCCAUCUGGCUCACGGGCAUGCUGGAAGAGGAGGUGAGGGCCGAGUUCUUCAUGGAGGAACUCAACAACGGCGUCAAGCUCUGCAAACUCAUCGGCGCCCUGCAGAAUAAAAUCGCCCAGAGUUGCCCGUCUGCACUCGGCAAGCUUUUUCCAACGCAGAAGGUUGCCUGUAAGCUUGGCGCCUCUCCGGGUUCAUUUUUCGCUCGCGACAACACUGCCAACUUCCUGUCCUGGUGUCGGCGCAUCGGCGUGGACGAGACGUACCUCUUUGAGUCCGAGGGGCUCGUGCUGCAUAAGGAGCCCAGGCAGGUCUGCCUCUGCCUGCUGCAAAUUGGACGCAUCGUCUCCAAGUACGGCGUGGAACCUCCUGUGCUGGUCAAAUUGGAGAAGGAGAUUGAGCUGGAGGAAACCCUGCUCCUGACCGAGCAGCCGCCGCCGGCCGUCCAGACCUUCAGCGUGUGCUGCCAACAUGGCGGCCUUUACCAGUCAGGGGAACACGGCGCCGACGACCCGCCUUGCUGCAACUGCUCCAACAGGGUGUCCAUUGAGUACCUGUCAGAAGGUCGCUACCGACUUGGGGACAAGACCAUCUUUAUUCGGAUGCUUCACGGCAAACACGUGAUGGUGCGCGUCGGGGGCGGCUGGGACACGCUGCAUGGCUUCCUCAGCAAGUACGACCCGCUGCGCGUGCUGCAGUUCACCACCUUGGAGCAGAAGAUCCUGGCCUUUCAGAAGGGCCCGCCAGGCUUGGGAGGUCACCACGGCAAUACGGCGCCGCCUCCUGAGAUGGACCCCCUGGCGGCUGUCGACGACCUUAUCUCCUCGUCGUCGUCCUCCUCUUCCUCGUCGUCCUCCUCCUCAGGCUCGGUCUGCAAGACCUCGCUGCCAGCCGCGGGUCAGACGUGUCGCUCCUACGCCGCUUCGCCUGCCUGCACGCCCACGCUGGCCAGGAAAGGGGCUGGCGCGGUGCCAAAGAAGAACCUCCAGUUAACGUCGCCCGCCCUGAGGAAGCCCACCCAGCUGCCUUUGCCUGUCUCCACCAAAGUCUCCUCUUCGUCCUCCUCUUCUUCUUCUUUGCCCAGCACACCUGUGGGCAGCUCCAAGCAGUCCCCCAGUCCAGUGCAGGUCCAGCGUAGAGCUUUGACGCCCCAAGCAGACCCGUACGCUGCAUCCAGACCGAGGCUUCGACCGCCCACUCGCAUCCCCGCCUCUCAGCCGAGGAGUCCGGUCUGCCCCGAGCCUUCUUCCAAAUGCCCCAAACCGUCCAAUCCCAUCGCCGUGCCACGCCCUGCCACCGCCCCGAAAGAUGCCCGACCCCCGCCUGGCGCCGGCCAGCGCACUCGCCUCGCGCAGCGCCGCCCCGGCUCCCCCGCCUCACGCCUCCGUCUCGAGACAGCGAGGAGGGUCCGGGCGGCAGCGCGUAAUGCGGCCACGCCCGUUCUGCAAGCUCGCCCGGCCUCCCCAGCUACUCCAGAACCUGCCUCACCUCUACCCGUUAAAGACACCGCAGCCAAAACCAAGGUGCCGGCCUCGACCAAGGAUUCCGGCCCCUUCCAACGAGGUCCCGCUGCCCCUUGGCGACACCCUGGGGGCAACGGUGCCCUCGCCAACACCAAAGUCAACCAGAAAGAAACCACCACAACCCAGAAGGCAGGACAAAAAACCUCCGCUUUGACUCACACCAUCAAAGCCGUCUCGGCCCCUCCGAAGACCACCCCGGAUGUCAUCGCGAAACCGGAGCACGGCACCAGCAGGAAGAUCCCUCAGUACAGAGGCAAGCGCGAAGACCCUUAUUUCGAAAUGAACUGUCGAAGAAGGCAGAAGACCUGAUGGGAAGGGCCUUUACCAGCAGGCUGGUGAAUUAGAAAAAAAAAAAAUCUGCACUCGUUUCUGCUCCUUUCAAACUUAACCCUUAUUGAAUCAAGUCUACUGCAAUUUUAUUUCAUAGCAGGGGUUAGAGUUUUAUUUU